AUGGAGAAUUCCAUAACCAUUAUCAAUCAAAAUGAUCAAGAAAUAUUGAAUAUGAAUGAUGAUCGAAUUAAAUCGAAUCAACAAACAUUAAAAACAUACGAUUGGUUACAACAAACAUUUCAAUUUCGUUCAGGUGUUUCAAUUGCCCGUUCAUUAAUCUAUGAAUCAUAUCAAAAAUUUUGUCAACAAAAUAAUUUUCUACCAGUUUGUAAAGCAACGUUUGGAAAAUUAAUUCGUAAUCAUUUUCCAAUGGUUAAAUCAAAACGUUUAGGUGCACGUGGUCAAAGUAAAUAUCAUUAUUAUAAUAUCAAUUUUAGAGAAAAUGAUCGAAUCAAUAAUUUACAUACGAAUGGACGCAACAACAACAACAACAACUGCGAAAUAACAUUCAACGAAGCCAAAUCAUCGGAAACAUCAUCGACAUUAACAAUUUUAUCAAAAAAUAAAUCAAAAAUCAUUGAUUAUAAUCAUGAAAAUGAUUAUAAUUCAAUUAUACAAUCAAUGAUUUCGUUUAUACGAUUACCGGAAGAUCAACUUUAUAAUAAUGAUGAAUUAAUUUUUACAAAUCUUUAUAAAACACAUUGUCAAUUUUUACUUGAUGCUGCUUUGAAUGAAAAUUAUGGCCAGAUGCGUCAUUAUAUAAUGCAUUUUUGGCAACAAUUACCAUCAAAUAUUGUUAUUUUUAUUGAUCAAAUGAAAUUAUUAGAUUCAUUUAUGUAUUCAUCAUUAUGUCGAUUAUAUUUAUCCUUGGAUUCCGAUGAUAAAAAUCUUCAACAUAUCAAUACAAUUGGUCAUGUAAUAAAAUCGACUUUACCAUAA